UGAGAUGGGACCAUGAACGUUGUCACAAUCCACGACAUCUUGGUGUUCUGUUCUCCUGGUCCUCUCACCUCAUCGAGUUCAAUGCAUAUACUAUACAGCAGGCGUAUCAAAUGGAUUUAUGGAUUUUUUUUUUAAGUGAUUGAAUUUGCUCAAUGCACAUGUUUCUCGUGGGAAGUAUCUGUAUUUUAAGCGACUUAAGAUAGAGAGAAGAGAGCUUUGGAAAUAAGCAAGAAAUGGAGAAGGCUUCAGCGAUCUUCGGCUCCAUCUUUGGAGGUGCUGCAGCUGAACCUGCAGCUACAGUUUCAUCAAUCUUCGUUUACCCAAUUAAAUCAUGUCGAGGAAUCUCUGUUUCCGAAGCACCCAUCACUUCUACUGGCUUACGUUGGGAUCGACAAUGGGUAGUAAUAAAUUCCAAAGGAAGAGCUUAUACUCAAAGAGUUGAGCCAAAACUUGCACUAGUUGAAGUAGAGCUGCCACAAAACGCAUUUGUUGAGGGUUGGGAACCCACAAAUAGCUCAUAUUUAGUGUUAAGAGCUCCUGGGAUGGAUGAACUAAAGAUUUCUUUGAGCAAAGUUUCCGAAGUCAUUGACAAUGUAUCUGUAUGGGAGUGGUCUGGUUCUGCAGUGGAUGAAGGAGCUGAAGCAUCUGAAUGGUUUUCAAACUAUCUUGGGAAACCCAGCCGUUUAGUGCGUUUUAAUGCAGCAUCGGAAACUAGGGCCGUGGAUCCUGCAUAUGCUCAUGGAUACAACACCAUGUUUUCAGAUGGGUAUCCAUUCUUGUUGCUUUCUCAGGGAUCAUUGAAUGCAUUAAAUGAGCUUCUUAGGGAGCCCCUAUCUGUUAACCGCUUCAGACCCAACAUCCUUGUUGAUGGAUGUGAUCCUUUUUUAGAAGAUUUGUGGACUGAAAUCAAAAUAAACAAGUUGACAUUUAAUGGUGUCAAGCUAUGCUCACGCUGCAAGGUGCCCACAAUCAAUCAAGAAAAUGGCAUUGCAGGACCUGAGCCAACUGAAACACUCAUGAAGUUCCGGUCAGACAAAGUCUUGCUUCCAGGCCGAAAACAUCAGGGAAAGGGUUAAGGUGCUUGCAGGUUUUCUUUGGCCAGAAUUUAGUAUGCAGGGAAUCACUCACUCAAGGGAAGGGAAAGGCUAUUAAGGUGGGAGAUCCUGUUUAUAUUACUAAGAAGGUUUCCUCUUCUGCAGAUGCGGCAGCUUAAGACCUCAUAAACCUUGCAGUUGUUCUCGUCUUUUGGGACUCCAUUGACAAUAGUUUUGUACUAAUACCUCUGUAUUUGCUGUAAUUGGAAGAAGAUAUAUCUACGUGGAAACACCAUGUGCCCACUUGAGUGAAGAAUAGCCAUUACCUUGGUUAAGCUCAUCUAUUGGGUUUUGUUUAUAAUAGAGGGAUCUCCUUUAGGAGCUAUUAUGAGGCCCUGGUGAUUUUAUGUUA